GGAGGUGAGAUUGGCUUUAGAAAGUAGGGAGAGGGGGACAAUAGACGAAGUGCUUACAGGGCAGGGGCGAUGUCCAUGGGAAUAAAAGGUGUCUAGGCAGAGAUAGCUAAAACUUCACUGGGUUGAUCGCCUGAAAGAAGCAUGCGCUGACAGUGUACCCGCGUUCAAAGAAGGAAAACCUACUCAAUGCCAAAUUUGGGAACCGGGGAGGAGAAAUGGUUUUUCAGCUCUUUUCACUGCGAGGCGCAGACCGAGCGGGGCGCUGGUGACGUCCGAUCAGGGUUGGACGUUCAAGAAAAAGAACUCUAGCUGCCGAAAAUGAUUUCGUAUAUGUCAUGGCAAACGGGACUGGCACUAUCAUGUUGAAAUGCGUGGUUGUCGGUGACGGCGCCGUUGGAAAAACUUGUCUCUUGAUGAGCUACGCUAACGACGCCUUUCCCGAGGAAUAUGUGCCCACUGUCUUUGAUCAUUACGCAGUGAGCGUGACAGUUGGGGGAAAGCAGUAUCUUCUUGGGUUGUAUGACACUGCAGGUCAGGAGGACUAUGAUCGCCUCCGACCUCUGUCUUACCCCAUGACGGACGUCUUCCUCAUUUGCUUCUCUGUUGUGAACCCAGCCAGCUUCCAGAAUGUGAGGGAAGAAUGGGUCCCAGAGCUGCAGGAGUAUGCCCCCAACGUGCCCUACCUGCUCAUUGGCACACAGAUUGAUCUAAGGGAUGACCCUAAAACCAUCACAAAGUUAAAUGAUGUGAAGGAGAAGCCCAUUGUGACAGAGCAGGGACAAAAGCUGGCAAAGGAGAUUGGUGCCUGCUGUUAUGUGGAGUGCUCAGCCCUGACGCAGAAAGGCUUAAAGAUUGUUUUCGAUGAGGCCAUUAUUGCUAUUCUGGCUCCCAAGAAAGGUGUGCUAAAGAGACGCCUCGGUCCACGUUGCAUCAACUGCUGUCUGCUGACGUGAAGCCACCUGCAGCAAGCCGUUCAGGGGUGACUUGGAGCAAGAAAGCUCAAAUACAUACCCCAUCGAUGGAGGAAGGGGCACUUGAAGACCAACUGACAAGAGCUCCAACUGUUCAUAUGCAGAUGACAACACAUUCUGAAGUAGGGAAGGAGAUAUACUGGUACAAAAAUCACUGUUUCACUGUUCAGAAAACAUGAGCAAAAUGAGACUCACUCUGGCAUAAGCUGUGGGAGGCAGUGAAAUGCAACAACUGAAGAGGCAGCAACCAGCAGCAACAAUUUACCUACAAGAACACGUAACAACAAAUGACACUGAUCCUCAAAACACAGAAGCACAGAAAAUGGAAGGUUUACAUGGAAAGGCAAAGCAUGACA